AUGCCGCACACGGGUCCCAUGGACUUCCAGGCCCUGAUCCUGUGUGGUCCUGGAGGUUCACUUAACACAUUCACCUCCAGGCCCGAGGAAUAUCCCAAGUGUCUCAUUCAAGUCGCAAACAGACCCAUGGUAUUCUAUGCCAUUGACUUUUGCAGACGAUCAGGUAUCACUGAUAUCACACUGAUUACUCCACCACAGUCCUUCCCUCCCCUUAGAGCGGCUCUGGACCAAAACCCACACCUUACAUCAUUCUACUCGCCCGCGGUGUCGCUCGUCGCACCGAAAGACCUCGAGAUGACCAUGGGAACCGCCCAGCUGCUCCGCCUCCCCGAAGUCCAGAGGUGUAUCACCACUAAUUUCCUCCUCCUUCCCUGUGACAUUAUCUGUGAAAUCCCCGGCCAAUCAAUUGUCGAGGCGUGGAUUGGCAACCAGUGGGUCUUGGAGGAUAACAAUGCUUCUAAUGGUGUUCACCACGCAUCCCCUCCAACCACUUCCUACUUCGAUCGUCAGCUGGAGGCUCGCUCUGGUGGUCUAGCUGUGUACUACCAGACCGACAACCGAGAGGAAAGUAUCCAGGACGAAGCGACUGAUUUCAUAGCUAUCGCACCACUCGAGCAGAACGAAGCACCCGUCGUCCCCGGCCCCGAGGGACCGCUGAUCCCACGCUUCAGCCUCUCCAAACUCCUCAUGUCAAUGCCGAUGGACACAAUCAAGGAGAAAAUGAAACAAGACAAAGGCCUUCUCAUUCGUCAUUCUCUCGUCAAGAAUUGUCCGCGCAUCAGAAUGCUCACCACCUUCCGCGACGCCCAUGUUUACGUCUUCCCCUACUGGGUCAAAGACCUAGUCCACCACCAAAAGAAACUUGAAUCCAUUAGCGAGGAUUUGGUCGGUACCUGGGCCAAGUCAGCAUGGCAGAAAGGCCUCGGCGACAAGCUAGGAUUGACCAAGGACUUCAACGAAGACACCACUCCCGCCCAUGAAAGAGAAUUCACCCCCGAAAGCAGUCACACUGGCGCAUUUGUCGAUAAAGUAAUCGACAUCAGGGAUAUGAGCACUACCAGAGCUCGCUCGAAUUCCGAACUCCUCCUAGACCAAUUUUAUCAAUCUACCGAACUGCCACAAAUGCUAGCUUACGUCCACCGAGGAUCAACCCCGUUCAUCCGCCGAGUCGAUAACACAGGCAUACUUCUUUCGACUUCCCUUCUCCUCGCAAAAUUGCCCUCUAUUGAGGAAGUUGGUCGAAAGGCAGCGUCACCUUUUGCGCACGCUCAUAAAGUUGCUUACCCCGAAGGCGUGGCUUCGCCGAGCAAUGUUACGAAGAAGGAUUGUCUUCUCGGUGAGAAUGUGAUUGUUGCAACUGGUGCUGUUAUCAAGGAGAGCGUGAUUGGUGCGAAUUGCCAGAUUGAUGGCGCUGCCCGUAUCAUUCGUUGUGUUCUGAUGGAGGGUGUUGUUGUUGAGACCAGGGCUCAACUGACUGGGUGUGUGAUUGGUCGACGAGCUCAGAUUGGUCGUGAAUCUGUGCUGAAGGGGUGCGAGGUCCAAGAUGCCAAUGUGAUUCCAAAGGAGACGAAUGCUAGGGAUGAAAAGUUUAUGGUUUCUGAGGAGUUGUGUGUGUGA